AUGACACAGGAUGAAAACGAUGGUGACGGGCUUUGGGUGCUCGGAUACGGAUCGCUGAUCUACAAGCCACCACCACAUUUUACGCACAGGAUCCCUGCCACGAUAUUUGGGUUUAUGAGACGGUUCUGGCAGAGCUCCGUGGAUCACCGCGGGGUUCCCGAGUACCCUGGCCGUGUGACGACGCUGAUCCCCUACGAGGAGAUUGUCGCAAACCCACGGUUUCAAGAGGAAUUGCGGGUGUAUUACCAGGACCACGAGGGGAUAUCGGACCCGGCAGAUCUGACCACUGUCGGCGUGGUAUACUAUAUCCCACCCGAGUUCGCGCAGGAGGUCAGGGAGUACCUGGACGUUAGGGAACAGAACGGGUACACUCUACACGAGGUCGAGGUGCACUUGGACGUGCCUAAGGGUGAGGAGGAGCAAUACGGCGAGGCGCUGAGCUCGCUGGCGCGUGAUCCAGUAUCCGGGAAGCAUAUUUUGAAGACCACCGUGUACAUCGGUACCACUCUUAACAAGGCCUUUGUCGGCCCUGAGACUAUUGCGGACACCGCGCACGUUAUUUGCACCGCGAGGGGGCCCAGCGGUGAGAACUACGAGUAUUUGGAGAAAUUGUAUUACGCUCUGAAGGGGAUGCAACUGCAAGGUGCGUUGCAACGGGAAGACCAUUAUUUGGAACGGUUAUUUAAUGAAGUAAAUAGACAGAGGAGUGUCUGA